AUGGGAAGAGUUAAUAAUUCUACAUCGAUAUUUGAACAACGCAGACGAAUUCGUCAAGAGAGGACUUAUUCCAUUUGGCCACGAAUGUCCUCAAAUGACGAAAUUACUUCGAGCAAUGGUGGUGAAAUGAUUACGCCAGUUCCAAUGAAUCGUAUGAAAAGAAAAAUCAAGAUCAUGACAAUACCUGCAGCAACGCGGAGUGCUAAAGAUGACUAUAAUCAAUCGUAUGUUCAGAAGAUAAUUAAUAUGUUAGAAAUCCUAGGAUUCAUCGGGGUAGUCCCACUUCAAGCUUUCGGCCAACCCGGGGAUGUUGGCACUAUUUUUUGGGCCGAACAACGAAUUGGGAAACCUUAUACCGUUAGAGCCGCGAGAAAAGACGUUUUCGAAGUUACACAUUUUCGCGAUGCGAUUUGGAUGUGGAUUUAG